GCGGAGGUGGUGGGAAGGGGCGCCACGCGGCGACCGCGGCCGGGGGCGGCGCUGGAGCGCCAUGGACGGCGAAGGCGGCCGCAGCAUCCACUCGGACAACGUCCCCGACGUCCACGAGGUGCCCCUGCGGGUGAUCAUCAGACCCAUCCCGCCGGUCCUGGAGGAGAGUAAAGUGGAGAGCCUCAUGCGCACCGUCCAGGAGGAUCCUGACCAGGUUCCCCCAAUUGAUGUUCUCUGGAUCAAAGGUAGAGAAGGGGGAGAUUACUUCUACUCCUUCGGAGGCUGUCACCGUUACGCGGCGUACAAGCGUUUGAACAAGGAGACCAUUCCAGCUAAAAUCAUCCGGUCUACGCUCAGCGACCUGCGUACCUACCUGGGCUCUUCCCUCCCCGAUUUGCGAUAGGCUUUUUCCCGGCCACCCGAUUCCAGAGCAUCCUUGGGCCCUCUGAAUCUUGGAACGGAGACAAGGACUGGUCUUUCUCUCCUUUGCCAGACGUUCAACAAUGAGGACUAGCGGCCUGGUGUUAUCCCUUCCGCAUCUUGGUUGGACGUAGGAUGGCCCAGCCUAUAAGAGCCCUGAGCCGUGAGAGGGACGGCCUACUCAGUUUAUGGGGGGGUUGGUUCCUGCUUGUUUGGGAACUGAGAUGAGAAAGGGCUAAGCUGGCACUUGGUGUUAAAUCACACAAGUAGAAUGGUCUACCUUUGUGGCCGUGCAGACUGGGGGAGAUGGGAGUUGUAGCCCAACCUGGUCAGAAAGGCACAGGGUGGGGAAGGCGAUGAGCGAAGAGUGGAGAAUCAGAGGACAUUGCACUGCACAACAGCGAAGGCUAGAUGGCAGCAAAGAGGCACAGAGAAACCCUCGCUCUCUGCUGACAUCUAGAGGUCCUUUGGAUUUUCCAAGGCCAGGUUUGGGAGCUCUUGGUCAACUCCAGACUUACCUCGCAGGCUGCUUCUUGGGGGAAAAUGGGAGAAGGGACUGCCGUGUCUACCUGCCUGAGUUCCCCAAGGAAAUCUGGGAUUUAAAUCUAGGAAGCUUUCAGCGUGCAGGAAGGAAGUUUGCAAGGGAGCUGAGAAUACAAGGCACUCUCAGGGUUGAACCACAGCACUGAGAACUCGGAAGCUACUCCCAAAUACCCCGUUUAAUCUCAGCUUGCUUUUCCUUUUGGAUGUAGGUCAAUCACAACAUGUAUUCUUUUUUUAAAAAAAUAUUUUACACUAUUUCCAAA